AUGGGAUCCAUCAUUUUCGAAAGGAAAGAUCUCACUGCAAGAGUGGCAGAUGAUGAGCGAGUGACCGAUGAAAAUAGCAAUUCCGAUGCCGAAGUACUCGGGAGUAGUAACCGUCAAAUACAUAGGCUGCAGGGUGGGAUUCAUGUUGCAGCCCUAAAGGAGUCCUACAUUCGACUGCUAAGACCGGGGAGAUUAUCAGGUUGUCUUGCAGGACGUUCCUCAGCACUGAGGCACUUGCAGAGAUCCAUAGUCCCAUCGGCUCAACGGGCCAGCAAUGGUAGCACCGUCAUCACCAAAAUAGGCCAGGAACUGGAGAAGCCCCAUUGCGGUUUCCAGAAUCAAGAAAUCGGCGAAUCAGAAGAGUGCAAUGCUGCGGUUGAUCGCGCUACGGGGCGACUAGAGUGGUCCCGUGUUGAACGAAUAAGCUGCUAUUCAGAACACGCCGAUGGAGUUGGCUGGAUUUUUUUUUAG